AAUAAUUUUCAUUUAUUAUAAAGUAACUAAAAUUACUGUAAUUAACGCAUUUAUUUCGUAAUUGAUAAGUAUGAAAUUGUUGAAAAAGAUAUUCAAAAAAAAGCCAAGUAAUACUGGUAUGGAAAUUUUGAAUAAAACAUCCAAAAAUUUAUGGAAAAGGGUUGUUAAUUAUUUAUUAGAUUCAUGUUACUAUUUCUUCUAUUAAUUCCGCUACCAAAUCAGAAGAGAUUGAUGAUAGAGUAAUCUAUAUGGACGAUAUGGAAAAAAGAAAAGAAGUAUAUGGUAUAUGUGAUGAAUGUAAUGAACCUGGUACAGGAGAAUUUUGGUGUCAACAUUGUAAUGCUAAAAGAUUUAAGGAAAAUUUUAAAAAUUGGACUAGUGGAAAUAAAGAUAUUGAUGAAUUAAUACAACAUUCACAACUUAAUGCUGUACAUCAUAUUAAAUGUCUUGAAUGGAUACCUUAUGAGAAAUUUCAAAAUGUCACUUAUUUUACCAGAGGAGGCUUUGGUAAAAUUUAUUCAGCUGAAUGGCCUGAGGGAUAUAUUGGUUGUUGGGAUAUUGAAAAUCAAAAAUGGCACCGAUACACAGACAGUAAGGUUGCAUUAAAAAGUUUGGAUAAUUCUACUGAAAUUAGCAAAGAUUUUUUAAAUGAGAUUUAUUUUCGGGAUAUUGUUUUAUGCCAUGGAAUAACUCAAGAUCCAAAUACCAAAGAUUAUAUGAUGGUUUUAUAUUAUUGUGAAAAUGGGGAUUUAAGAAAUUACUAUUUAAAUAAGUCCGAUGAUAAUCUAAAACUUUUUGAUUUAUCAAGAAUUGCGAAUGGACUGUUAGGUAUUCAUAAUGCUGAAAAAGUCCAUAAAGAUUUUCAUUCAGGUAAUAUAUUGGAAGGUGGGUCUAUGUAUAUAAGUGAUUUAGGAAUGUAUAAAAAAGAAGGAGUUUAUGGAGUAUUACCUUAUAUGGCACCAGAAGUUUUACGUAGAUAUCAAUAUACAAAAGCAGCUGAUAUUUAUUCAUUUGGAAUAAUUAUGAAUGAGUACCUUUCUGAAGAAAUUCCUUUUAAUGAUAUUCCUCAUGAUCAUAUUUUAGCUGUUAAAAUAUGUAAAGGACUUAGACCAAAAAUUUCUGAACAUAUUCCAAAAUUCCUUGUAGAUUUAAUUAUGAAAUGUUGGGAUGCUAAAGCAGAAAAUAGACCAUCUGCUAAAGAAUUGUAUCAAAUAUUAAAUAAAUGGAAUGAAACAGAAUUUGAUGAUGAUGAAAUUCGUUCUCAAAUAAGUGAAUAUGGAAAAAUUAGAGAAAUAAAAUUUAAAAACAGAUCAAAUGAAAAUAAGUCUGAAAGUAUUAAAACUCAUCCUCAAGCGAUCUAUACAAGUAGACUUUUAAAUUUCGAAAAUCUUCCAGAACCAGUAAAUUCAUCAGAUCUAUCAUCAUUUCAAAUGAUGUCCCAUCAGUAUCAGCAAAUUUAAUUUCAGAAUGUUUUGAUUGUAAAAUUUAACGAAUCAGAUCUCAAUGAAAUUAAUCAAGAAGAAGAUAAUUUAAAUGAUGAGUCUUAAAUUAUUAGCAGGUUUUUCGAGAAUAGUCAGAAUAAAUUUAAAGAUAAUAUUUAAAAACUUU